CUGGAGCGAGACGAGUUCCAGCAGGGCGAGGGUGUGUGCGUUUGGGAGCAACUCAGAGACGGCCGGGUGAAGAAUUUCACCUAGAAAAAACAGAGAGGAAGGUUUUUCACAGUUGUACUCGAACAAAAAGAAGGGGAGAAACCCCAAACGGCACCCAGGAAAGAGCUUGAGUUGAGAGAGCAACUUGUGAAGCCGCCUCGCAGCAGCAGCAGCAGCAGCACCGCCCCGGUGACAAACUCUGUUACCAUUGAUUUUUUCACCGUUCUCAAGUUUCUAGCGUAGGAAGUGAGGUCAGCGGCGCACAGAUGCCGGGCUUGUGUCGGAUGAGCGGGUGCUGCGUAGCACCCCUGUUUGGGAGGAGGCGGCUGGACGAGGACCGGCUCAGCCACGAGGAGCAUCUGGGGUCCAGCUGCAGCGACAGGUCUCAGGAGAGUCCCCCCCUGGAAGAGAAAAGUGUGAAGGAGGGGAUCCUUUUAAAGCAGACCAGCUCUUUCCAGAGAUGGAAGAGGAGGUACUUCAAGCUGAGAGGGAGGACCCUUUACUACGCCAAAGACUGCAAGUCACUGAUUUUCGAUGAAGUGGACCUGUCGGAUGCCAGCGUGGCCGAGACCAGCACCAAGAACAUCAACAACAGCUUCACCGUGAUAACGCCGUUCCGCAAGUUGAUGCUAUGUGCCGAGAACAGGAAGGAAAUGGAGGACUGGAUCACCGCACUCAAGUCCGUCCAAAAAUGGGAAACCUACGAGGCCAGCCAGUUCAACAUGGAGCACUUCUCCGGGAUGCACAACUGGUACGCCUGCUCGCACGCCAGACCGACCUUCUGCAACGUUUGCAGGGAGGCGCUGCCGGGCGUCACCUCCCACGGCCUGUCCUGUGAAGUUUGUAAGUUCAAGGCCCACAAGCGCUGCGCCGUCCGCUCCACCAACACCUGCAAAUGGACCACGCUGGCCUCCAUAGGGAACGAUAUCAUAGAGGACGAGGAUGGGGUGUCUAUGCCGCACCAGUGGCUGGAGGGCAACCUGCCCGUCAGUGCCAAAUGUGUGAUGUGCGACAGGAACUGUGGCAGCGUGCGGCGGCUGCAGGACUGGCGCUGCCUCUGGUGCAAAGCUAUUGUCCACAGCAGCUGCAAAGAACAAAUGGGGAAGGUGUGUCCACUGGGUCAAUGUCGCGUCUCAAUCAUCCCACCUACUGCACUUAACAGCAUCGACUCCGACGGCUUCUGGAAGGCCACCUCUGCGUCGUGCUCCAGUCCCCUCCUGGUCCUCGUCAACUCCAAGAGCGGCGACAACCAGGGGGUCAAGUUCCUCCGCAAGUUCAAGCAGCUGCUCAACCCUGCUCAAGUGUUCGACCUGAUGAACGGAGGUCCAGAGCUCGGCCUGCGGCUCUUCCACAAGUUUGCAACGUUCCGCGUCCUGGUGUGCGGGGGAGACGGCAGCGUGGGCUGGGUGCUCUCCGAGCUGGAUAAACUCAACCUCCACAAACAGUGUCAGCUGGGCGUGCUCCCUCUGGGCACGGGGAACGACCUGGCCCGGGUCCUGGGCUGGGGAGGCCUCUGCGACGACGACGCUCAGCUCCUGCAGAUCCUGGAGAAACUGGAGAGGGCCACCACCAAGAUGCUGGACAGAUGGAGCGUGAUGACAUACGAGGUGCCCACCACAAACAAACACACCCCGAUAGUGAAGGAAGACGACGGCCUCGACUCUCCUCUCCAGGUCCAUAUCACUCAGUAUGCCGACUCCGUGGCUUCUCAUCUCGCCAAGAUCCUGGACUCAGACAAGCACAGCGACGUCAUCUCCUCCGCCAAGUUCCUGUGUGGGACGGUGAACGACUUUGUUACCGAGGUGGGGAAGGCGUACGAGAGAGCCACGGAGAACAAGGAGGAGGCAGACGCCAUGGCCAAGAAGUGUUCGCUGCUGAACGAGAAACUGGAUUCACUGGUCAAGGCGCUGAGCGAGGAAGCAGAAGCUCAGGUGGUGCCGGCGGGUUCGGAGCCGAGCCAGGAGAGCGGCGACUCCAGCCCCGGCGAGAGCGGCGGCGAGUCCGGGUCGGAGGGCAAAACGUACCGGUCCAAGGAGCAGCUGAUGCUGCGGGCCAACAGCCUGAAGAAGGCCCUGAGGCAGAUCAUCGAGCAGGCCGAGAAAGUGGUGGACGAGCAGAACCGGCACACGCAGGUCCAGAGGACGUCGUCCUCGUCCUGCAUGAAGCGAGAGAACAGCGAGGAGCUGAAGGAGGCGGAAGCACGUCCGGGAGGCUUGAGUCCCUCGUCCCCCAUCGUCCUGGAGACGGCGGAGAGCAUCAGCACCGUCAGCUUCAGCGAGGACUCCGUGCAGUGCACGGAGAAGUGCGUGAUGAACAACUACUUCGGCAUCGGCCUGGACGCAAAGAUCUCCCUGGAGUUCAACAACAAGCGAGAUGAGCACCCCAAGAAAUGCAGCAGUCGCACCAAGAACAUGAUGUGGUACGGCGUUCUGGGCACCAAAGAGCUGGUCCAGAAGACCUACAAGAACCUGGAGCAAAGAGUUCAGCUGGAGUGCGACGGCGUUCCCAUGUCCCUGCCGAGCCUGCAGGGUUUGGCCGUCCUCAACAUCCCCAGCUAUGCCGGCGGCAUCAACUUCUGGGGCGGCACAAAGGAGGACAACAAUUUCGGCGCGCCGUCGUUUGAUGAUAAGAAGCUGGAGGUGGUGGCGGUGUUCGGCAGCAUGCAGAUGGCCAUGUCCAGAGUCAUCAACCUGCAGCACCACCGCAUCGCACAGUGCCGGCAGGUGAAGAUCACCAUCCUGGGGGAGGAGGGCGUUCCCGUGCAGGUGGACGGCGAGGCCUGGAUCCAGCCCCCCGGCAUCGUGGAGAUCGUGCACAAGAACCGCGCUCAGAUGCUCACCAGAGACAGAGCCUUCGAGAGCACGCUCAAGUCGUGGGAGGACAAGAGGAAGAUUGACAGCUACCGUUCGGCCAGGCCCCGCCUCAACUCCCAGCAGUCCAUGGAGUACCUGACGGAGGAGGAGUGCGCUCAGGUCCAGCAGCUGGGCAUCGUGGCCGACACGCUCAUCAACAAGAUCCGGGAGGCAGCCAAGACCCACAAGCUGGUGGAGCAGGAGCUGGCUCACGCCGUCAACGCCACCGCCCUGGUGCUCACGGAGGCCAAACUGUCCAGCCCCGAGUUUCUGAGUCGGAGCACGGCGGUGGAGAUCGUCAACAGCAGUAAAGUCCUCCAGGCCGAGACCAGGAUGCUGCUGGACGGGAAACUGCUGUCGGCCUCUCCGGAGGAGGAGGAGCUCCGCUCCACUCUGAACAGCCUCAGCGCCGAGCUCCACAAGCUGGACGACAUCCACUGGAUCUGUCCGCUCAUGCAGUGCUCCGGAGAGGACUCUGUGAGGAGCAGCAGUAAGAGCAGCAGCACAAUGAAGCUGAAGAUCAUACCCAAGGUGAAGAAGGACAAGGAGAAGCUGCACAAGCAGAAGUCCAAUAGCUCUCUCUCAGGAACGUGGGACAUCAAAGGUGCCGCUGCCGAAGCCGAUUCGUCAGGCAACUGAACUCCUGCCUGAGAUGCUUUAUUUCCAUGACAACCAGAGAUGAGGGGCGCCCAUCCCCGUCAAACAGCCCGCCCCCGUGGCCUGAACAGAGGUGUUGGAAUGAAGUCAAACCUUCCUCCCAACUUCCACCCUCGCUUCUCUCCGUUUGACUUCUUUGUUAUCCUUGUUUUUUUUUUGUUUGUUCUGGCAAUGAGGAGGAGGAUUUUUGUUCUCUCCAUGUUCUUGCAGAUUUUUUCUUUUGUGACGGGGGCCCGGCUUUGCACCGCGUAGCUUCACUGCCGGCGCUCUGCUCUCGGGUUCUGUCGUCCACACGGCCAGCUGCAGAUCUGAAGACUGAAACCCAGAACAACGGCAUUUUAAGAAGUGUUUCUACAUGGUGCUGACCUUGCGUAUCGUGGCAACCGUUUUAUUUUAUACGUGUGUAUAUAUAUAUAUAUAUAUAUAUACACGUUGUACAAUCUCCUAACUCGUAUUUCUUUAACGCCUUCAGACUGCGUAUUUAUUUUGUGUUGCUACUGUCGUGACGACUCCAAUGGCAGCAAAUCAACAAAAUGAACAAACUGAGACGUAUCUCAGCGUUAUCGUCUACAGAACUGCAGAAUAUCUUAAAUGUUGCAAAAAAUAUACAGAUGAAUGUACUUGUGUGGACUUGUAUUAACCUGUGAAUACCGAUAAUAAUGUUGAUUUGACCGAGGUUCUAUUGUCGUGGUCCUAAAGUGGUUCUUAAUUGUGCGACUUGUGCAGUCCGAGGCUUUGCAGUCAGUGACCUUUACCUGCCAGUCGUUUCAUCCAGAGUGAGACGAUCCGCCUGCAGGAUUUUAAAAAAGUGCAUCUCGUAGUUUAACAAUGUGACUUAAGGGGGAGUUUUAAAAAAAAAAAAAAAAAAAAAAAAAAACAGAAAAAUCUCACCCCACUGUGCAUUUUGUCCUCCGCUUGAAUCGUGACGUGUCCUGAUGUGCAGCAUCAGAUGAAAGGAUCCGGCUUCUGCUGCAGAUGUUUACAGAAGACGAAGCAUCAGUGACACAUCAACUCUUGAUUUCUCAUGCUACAUGGGUGCACAGGUCAUUCGUGGGGUUUCUUCUGCCUUAUCCGUGCUUAAAAACUACUAUUACAAAUAUAGAUUUUUUUCUAUGUCCUACUUUCCUCACGGGAAGCGGCGCCGCCGUGCAAGCUCUGCUGCCGUUUUCCUUUCCCAGCUUCCUUCGCCUCGCCGUGGAAACGGCCUCGGAGAUGCUCGGUUUAGGUUAUCCAUCCCGACCAGGGACUUUUAUCAGCAUCAACUUAGUUUAAACAUGUUUACAGGACCUCAGUGAUGAGAGAAAAAGCCCCAAGACAAUAAGACAAACUUUAAAACUCCAAAACAAACUACAGGGUACAAAACUUUAUCAAUCAGAACAUGGUCAAAACAUUCAGUAGAAGGAAAUACAUGCAAAUUCCUGUACUUGAAUUUUAAAAGGCACUUCAAGUGAUAAAAAAAACAACUCUUUAGCCUAAAUUCAGCGGUAAAAUUCACCUUCAAGCAACACCAAAGUUAAUUAUAUAUGUUUUUUUAUUAAUUGGAUGCAAAUGAUGUUUGAUAAAGAGAAGAUUGACCUUAAAGUGAGGUCAGUCUCUUUGACAGAAGCUCAAAUCUCGUGAAGGACCCUUUUUUUCCUCCUUAAGGGAACCGAUGCAUCCUUUCUGUGACUCUGGACCUCGCCGAGCGCUCGGCUGGGGUCGGAUUGUAUUUCUGCGUCUGCAGUGGGACGGCUUCACGCUCUUCACCCCCGUGGCUUUAGUCGCGUCGUGCCAAGGCUGCACUCUGGGUCUGACAUGACGGUGCGCUCGCGUUUGCAAACUUAAGAUAUGCUUCAUAGGCAACAGCUGUGUGUGCGUGUGUGUACAUUUCAGAGUUUACUGUAUCUCGCCUUGCACUUUACAAAAGAAGCAAACUUAAAAAGGUUUAAAAUAUACAUAUGUAUAUUUAUAUAUACAUAUAUAUCUAUAUAUAUAUAAAUAUAUAUAAAUAUAUGUAUAUAAACAUUUGCGCGUGUGUAUGAAUGUGUAAAGAUAUUGAGUGUUUACAUGUAUUUCUCAAUUGAUUUGGUGACAAAUUUAUUUUAUUUAUGACAAAUAUGUGCUGGUAAAAUGUAAUAUAGGUAACCAAUUGUAAAAGAAUAACUAUAUGAAUAUGUAGAAACAUAUGUUUAUUGCAAUUGUGGCUUUAAAGCGACUCCCAGUUGUGUGUGAUUACGCGUGGCGGGCCUUUAAACCGCCACGGUGACUUCAUUAGAUGAACGUUAUUCAAACUAUAAGCCGACAUGUGGACAUUUUCAAGCUUAUUUAUUGACUACUGAUGAAUCGUUUACAUGUGAGAUGUUCAGCCAACGUUUUUGAGUGAAAUCCUUAUGCAUUGCUUUUAAUUUAAAAAUGUUGUGCUAUAAUGAAAAGGACCACAGAGAUGUUGGGGAGACUUAUGUGAAAGCCAUUUAAUGAUAACUCUUUACAUGUUUUUACAGAUUUCUUUGUAUUUUCUCUUAAAGGCACCAUGAUACCUGUUUUUUUCAUGCUAUAUUUUGUGUAUUUUUAAGUUUCUUUUGGGGGGGGGUAGGGGUCAAACUGCCAAGAUGUAAUUUUGGACUGAAACUCUUCCAAGGAGCGGAGAAGUGACGUCACGGACGGAGCGCGCCGUGACGUCACGUGGAGGACGCGAGCGGGAAGCCACACUAGAUGUUGCACGACCUUGUACGUCGCGAGGUGUUCUGUGUUAUCAUGUGUAGUGUGUAACAAAAAGACAAACGUCAAUGCAAACCCUCUGAAAAUUAAAGAAGUCUUGAAGUGUG